AUGAAUUUGACAACGUUUGGUAUGCGCGUUAACCACACCGAUGUUCCUCUGCUGCAGAAAAAUCCGCCAUUGGCAAUCGCGUAUAUCACAAUCCUCAUCGUGUGCUGUGUUUGUGGAACGUUAGGGAACAUACUGCUGAUCGUCUCGAUCUUGGCUACAAAGAAAAUUCGGACCAUUGGGAACAUGUUUAUCUUGAAUCUGGCUGUGGCUGAUCUCCUUGUGUGUACUGUGUUGGACAGUUCCGCUGUUACAGGUGCCAUCCUGGGAAGAGUGUUUUAUGACGACCAUCCGGUCCUGUGUGAGGUGGUUGCCGGGUUUGUGGUAGUCUGUGGGCUGGCCUCUAUCGCUGGAGUAGCUCUUGUCAGCUUUUACAGAUUCGUCCACAUUUGUUUCUCAGCCUUCUGUGACAAACUGUUCACCAGGCUGUCCACCAGUGUCCUGAUCGCUGCUGUCUGGACAAUUGCUAUCCUCUGUGACGUCCUCUAUCUGGUCAAAUUACACAGCCGCGGACAUGGCUUUGAUUUCAAAGUGGAACAAUGUUUUUACGAUCGUCAUGCUAAUUCCGUGAUUCUUAAAAUAUUCGCUCUGUUGGCUUUCCUGGCCGUUACUGUAUCAUAUUCGGCUAUCUUUUGCUUUGUCAGAAGCCAUCGGCUGAUCAGUCAAGCUCGGCAGUCAGACUCGAUCAAGCUGGCCCACACUUUACUGGUAAUAGUCAUCAGUCUGUACGUAUGUAUGAUUCCAUACACAGUUGUUACCAUCAUCGACAAAACGGACUCUCUCGGGCAGGAAGUAUAUUUGUUGACCAUCGCGAUAGCUUACGUAAGCACCAGUCUCAACUGGGUGAUCUACGGACUAACAAACCAACAAUUCCGAGCCGCCUUCAAAAACACCCUAAGUUCCAUGAAAUGUUGGAAGUGA